AACUAAGACCCCAUUCGAUUUAAAGCGAGACAGCAUUCAGAGGCUGACAUUCAUUCAAUAGAUAGAGCGAUCAGAAGCAGGCUGUGUGACGGGCGUGCUCGCUCUUUCUUUCCCUCGCCUGACUCUUGCCACUCCGAGGUUGCGUUCGUCUCUUUCACUGGAGGGAAAGUAAUUUAAGGAUGUUAAACCAGAGAAUCUUUCCAGGCAUGGUUUUAUUCCUGAUGUUUUUCUGCCACUUCAUAGAAGAUCAAACCGCACAAGCUGGGAAUUGCUGGCUCCGGCAAGCCAGGAACGGUCGCUGCCAGGUCCUCUACAAAAACGGCCUCACCAAGGAAGAGUGCUGCAAAACAGGGAGGCUCACCACUGCCUGGACCGAGGAGGAUGUCAGCGACCACGUGCUUUUAAAAUGGAUGAUUUUUAGCGGAGGGGCCCCCAACUGCAUCCCCUGCAAAGAAACCUGUGAGAAUGUGGACUGUGGACCUGGGAAGAAAUGUAAAAUGAACAAGAAGAACAAACCUCGUUGUGUCUGUGCUCCAGAUUGCUCAAAUAUCACCUGGAAGGGGCCUGUGUGUGGCUUGGAUGGGAAAACCUACAAGAAUGAGUGUGCCCUUCUGAAAGCCAAAUGUAAAGAACAACCAGAUCUUGAAAUCCAGUAUCAGGGCAAAUGCAAAAAGACAUGUAGGGAUGUUUUAUGCCCAGGCAGUUCCACAUGCGUGGUUGAUCAAAAUAAUAAUGCCAACUGUGUGACAUGCAAUCGGAUUUGCCCUGAGCCAACUCUACCUGAACAGUAUCUCUGCGGAAAUGAUGGAAUAACAUAUGCAAGUGCCUGCCAUCUAAGAAAAGCUACUUGCCUGCUUGGAAGAUCCAUUGGUCUAGCCUAUGAAGGAAAAUGUGUCAAAGCCAAAUCUUGUGAAGACAUUCAGUGCAGCACUGGGAAGAAAUGCUUGUGGGAUUCCAGAGUGGGCAGAGGACGGUGUGCCCUUUGUGAUGAGCUAUGUCCAGAAAGCAAAUCAGACGAAGCUGUCUGUGCCAGUGAUAACACCACUUAUCCAAGAAUCUGCCAAAUAAACCUGAGCCAUUGAGUCUCCAGAACUUGCUGCAGUUAUGACUUCAUAGAUUAUGUAACACACACUUUACACUUACAUGCAGAAACAAACAAACAAACCAAAACCCACAAUCAACUUUAUUGAAUAACCACAGGUGCCAAAGUGCACCUAACUGCAAUCUACGCUUUAAAAAACAUGCCACAUCCUAUUUUGGCUAUGCAGGGGGCUUUGAAAACAUGCACAGACAGCUUCUGCGCUUUGUCAUCCAUAUUUAAACAAGAGCUCCCCUGUAUUCUCCUAUCUAGCCAUCAAUGAAGAGCCUGAGGAAGAGGAUGAAGAGGAUGACCAGGACUACAGCUUUCCUAUAUCUUCCAUUCUAGAGUGGUAAAAUUUCCAUCACUUUUGAAACAGCCAUUGGGCAAGAAUUACAAUGUCCAUACUGUACAUAAGUGUAUGCUUAUUUAUUUGGGGAAGAAAGAAGUAUACAUAUAGUUGAAUCUUGUAGACAUUUAUUUAUACUGUGUCAUGUUUUAUAAUUUAUACAUUAAAGAAGUCUGAUUGACUGUACACCUUUUUUUUGAAGAAGAAAUGUAAUCGUUAUGGGAUGAGCUGUGUUAUUUAUUGUGAGGUCUCUUGCUUGUAAAGUAAAGCUUUUUUUCUUGUAAACUAUAAAUCCAUUCCUUAGAGCCUAACCCUCCUCCCCAAUUACAAUUUUCAGCUCCUUAUUUCUGCCAAUGUUAACUCUUUUCCAUUUUAACAAAACUUUGCAUGACAGUUUCAGUUACAUUUUCUAUUUAUUGUGUUUCCUUCUUGCCAAUUCUGUAUAUAAAUACAUGAUCCCUAGGAUAUUUGUUUACAAGGAAUCUUGACUGACCAAAAGGCGCUGUAAACUGAGUUAAGUAUAUAUUUGAGGUGGAAAGAGGGAGAGCUUUAACAGAACCUCUUUCCCUGGCUAUGUUCUCUGAUUGUAUCAUGUAGUAAUGGGAUCUCAAAAUCCUGAACAUUUAUAUUGUACUAUGAGAAUUCAAACCCAAAGAUCGGAUUAUGAAGGGUUUUUUUAGUUGCUAUGUGGCUAAAUGUAAAGAAAGCAUUAUUUUCUUUUUUUUUUAAGAAAAAGAAGAAACAUGAAAAUACAUUGUCAUGAACAUCAAUGUUUUAUUAGGUCUGUCCUCACAGAUAGUCCGUUCCAUUUUUUAAACAUUCUUUUUGUUUCACAUUCAAAAUGUUAACAGAAUAUUAUAUCAAAGCUUUAUCAGUUCAAGUUUCUUGCUUUUCAUAAUACUUUCUUUUUCU